AAUGAAAUGUUGAGUUAUUCGUACAAACAAGAGUAGAAUAGCAUAAAGAGGGUUUCUUUCUCCUCAUAGCUGUUGAUUAGAUCAUUAACUCUAAGAAAGUAGCAAGCUUCUUUAAAUAGGGACACUUUUGAAAGACCACUGACAUGCUUUAAAAUCUGCUGAAGCAUGGUGGAUGUAUAACUAAAAGCAAAGUCAGGUGUUGCACUGGGGGUUUUGGGGGCUUUUUUUUUUGCUUUGUAUGCGAAAAUGCACACUGUCUUCCUAAACAACAGGAGCUGUUAUAUGUGGUCAGAUGUUUGUAAGAGUGAGCAUUAGGAUGUGAGCUCAUAAGCCACAUUAGUCUACAGAGUGUCAGUUGGAGAACUUUCUCUUGAGUAGUUCACUAACACCUUCAGAAUAAAAGCAGAGUGCAAAGCACCGAGGAUAUUGGCAACCAAGAAGAACUGAAGAAUUUCCAGAAUGAGUCAAGCUGAGGAAAGCAGUAUCCACUCAACGUGGAAUAUUGUGAGGUCAGUAGUCUGCAUAAUACUGAGCUUGUCAUUUAUUAUUGGGACCCCUGGAAAUUGCAUCGUCGUCUGGACUGUUUGUACAAAAACGAAGCAAGUAUCUCCUUCAGUCCUGCUGAUCUUAAACCUGGCCAUUGCAGAUGUCCUUGUACUGAUUACUUUACCAGUCUGGAUUUAUUCCUUUGCUGACUCAUGGGUUUUCGGAGUAAUCUUCUGCAAAAUACUGGUUUUCAUUAUUUACUGCAGCAUGUAUGCUAGUAUAUUUCUAAUUACAGCACUGAGCUUGGAGCGGUUAAUGGCUGUGUUUUACCCUUUCACAAUUCAAAGAUACAAAACGAAAGAAAAGAUUUCUUUAAUCGUGUUCCUCAUUUGGUUCCUGUCUAUUACUUUCGGCAUUUCUGUCAUUCCAUUUCAAGAGACAGAAGAAAUGAAUGGUAGACUACUAUGCACAUGUCGCAGCUACUCUUCUAAUAGACAGAAAGUGUCUUAUCUUCUGCUGGAGACUCUUGCAGGUUUUGUAAUCCCUUUUUUAAUUAUUUGCACUUGUUACAUGUGUGUUGCAAGAAGAAUAAGCAGAAUGACUUACCAAUCUAAGCGGCGAUCGGAACGGCUCAUUGCCAGCAUUGUGGUGGCAUUCAUUUUAUGCUGGUUCCCUCAUCAUCUCUUUAACAUCCUAGAUAUUAUUUCAAUUCAGAUAGAACUUUCUAACGAGGAGCUGUCUUUGGCACUGGAUGAAAUUGUAGGCAGAGGAGUAUACAUCUCUGGAGCACUUGUAUUCAUCAGUAGCUGCAUUAAUCCUCUACUUUACGCUUUUGCUGCACGAAGAUUUCGGAAUCACCUGAGAUUUGCCAAGAUAUCAAAGCUGUUUGAACAGAUGGGUCAGACUGUAACAGAGGAAGACAAGAAGAAAAGUUUGGUUGUAACCAAACAAGAAGAUACUUUAGUAAGCACAGAAAAUCUCUAACAGGGAAUAUAGACUUAGUGAAUAAUGUGAUUCUGUGUCAUUCCUUCAGUAGUCCUUUCUCCUCAUACUCUCAGUUUUGUUUGCUAAGCAGUCUAGGUAAAGCUAGAGACAGGUAAAAUUUACUAGGGUUUGUUUUGUGUGUUAUAAAAGAAUUGGCAUUGACAACUUAGUUCAGUUCCUAAGUUAGUAUCCACAUCAUGAAAUUAGCACUAUUUCACUGGUGCUGAGAACCUCAGCAAGGUGGCUAGAAGCUCAAAGUGUAAGGAAUACGCUUUUUUACUUUCCAUUGAAAUUAUUUAUGAUUUCUAGAAAGUCUGUGUGCAGAAAACAGAAGAGGACUGUAUGUGGAAAACAGAAGCCUUGAAAGUUUAAAACUAAGUUUUCCUUCAGAAACAAUUGUUAGAUGCUCAAAAAGCCUUAUAUAAUCUAAAAUUUUAAGAGAGCAUACUUAAAUUCUUGAUAUGGGUAAAAAUGGUUUUGAAGUAUAUUAACAACACACAAAACUUGUUUGGGUAGAUGGAAAAUAUAAAGCUGUUUUUAUUCAUUGCUUUAUUUAGGUUUGAAAGUGAUAAGGGUUGUUUACACAGUCAAGCUCAUUUACUGAAUUAUCUUGUGUUAAUAGGUUUUAACAAAUAAAAUGUGGAGUGUGACAUGCCUCUUCAGAAAAAAACAGGAGGUAUGAGAAUUCUGUGUUGUAUGGCAAACAUAGUUAUAGACUUCAUGCUAUAUUUGAUGUCAAAUACAUUGUAUACUUCAGUGGCAAUUAAACUAUUGAUAUAUUAAAUAUACAUACUAUAAGUAUCCUCAAAAAGUUUGAUCCAGUUAAGCUUCCAAGAUGUCCAUUAAAUUAUGGAGGAAUUGGAUCAGGCUCUGGUGGGAGGGAAGGAAAGAUCCUUGAUACUAUUUUUUAUGUGUAAGAAAAUUAUGGUAGCAGUACAAAGUUCUAAUAUCAUAAGAACUUCACCGUACAAAUAAAAG